AGGCGGAAGUCGCCCUCUCUUUCUUAUUGGUCGGUGGUGUUUCGCAGGUUUGGAUUGCUUGUAUUCCGGACUCCGUUACAAUGAUGAUGUUGAAGAAUUUGCCGUUUGUGAAUUCAAUUAAUACGCAUAUGGACUACAAGGGACAAAAAUUAGCAGAGCAGAUUUUCCAGUCGAUUAUUGUUGCCUCUGCGGUGGUCGGCUUCAUUUAUGGAUUCAUCGUUGAGCAGUUUGGGUGGACGGUUUACAUCGUGCUGGCCGGCUUUGCACUCUCCUGUUUGCUUACUCUUCCACCGUGGCCCGUGUUUCGUAGACAUCCCCUGAAAUGGCAGCCUGCAGUGGAAGCCCCUGCAGAAACGAGAGAAAAGCAACCCGAGUCUGUGAAGAAAUCCAAGAAGCACAAGUGAAAGACGCCUCUCCUUGGAGUCUGGGCAGACCUUCUGGAUUGUGAAUAGCAUUUCCACCAUUUUUCUUUUUCUUUU